UUGAAGUAACUUUUUCCCUCCUCUACCAACAGUACUAAGAACAAGAAGCCCUUUCAGAAUCCUGUGGCUUUCCCUCCUGAGUUGAGGUGCGAGAUCAGGGAUGUCCAUGAUAGGAAUCUCGUUCUAUCUGAGAUGAUGAAGCAGUUCCGAGAUUCUUUGUUACCUGGAUCCCAACUACAGAAAGCAAAUGUCACCCUGGAUCCAAUGACAGCAAAUCCUUGUCUCUUUCUGUCCGAAGAUCGCAAAAGUGUGAGAUAUGAAUUCAGAUGGCAAGAUUUACAUGACAAUCCUGAAAGAUUCAACAAUCAACUUUAUGUGCUGGGAUGUGAGGGAUUCAGAGCAGGCAGACAUUACUGGGAAGUCACUGUGGGAAGUGAGGGAAAUUGGGCUGUGGGGGUGGCCAGGAAGUCUGUAAGGAGGAAAGGCUUUGUUGAAUGGAUAACUAAGGAAGGGAUCUGGGCUUUGGGGAGAUGGAGAAGUAAAUACAGGGCCUCCAACCUUUCUGUUGAAACUUGUCUUUCUUUGAGUGAGAAGCUGAGAAGGAUCCAAGUGUCCCUGAACUAUGAAGGGGGGCAGGUGUCCUUUCAUGAUGCUGACACGGGAUCCCAUCUCUACACUUUCUCUGGAGCCUCUUUCUCUGGGGAGACCCUCCUCCCCUUCUUUCAUGUGGCUGGAAGAGGACCCAUCACAAUCUCCCCUUAAGGCAUUGAAGCUGAUCUCAGAGGGAAAUUGAAAGGGCUACUUGGGUCAAGUACUUCUGUUAAGUUCCCCUUUUCCUAAAUCUCCCCCCAAGAGAUGCUCCUGACCACCCUCCUCCUCAGAAAACAAACUGAAUAAAUAAGAGGGGGGCUUUUUCUUCCUCCCUUUCCAUGGGUCCUUUCCUUCCUCUGCCAGUCAAUUCUUAAAGAGACAGUAGCCCCUUUUCCUGCAUGUCAGAAAUUUCCCCUCUGUAUUUUCAGAAGAUAUCACACCCACAACUCUUAUUUUUUGUUUCUAUUUCCUCUUUUGUUUUGCCACAACUUCCCAGGUCCUCUUGAGAUAUACUCUCUUGAACCCUUGGAGGGAGAAAGGAUAUUUUCUUGUCCUCAAGAGACCCAAGCAGGAGGAAAUAAUUGUAACUGGUUGUAGGAUGUGCCAUUCCAGCCCAGAUCUCGUGAGUUUACGAAUAGUAAUCCAUGUGGUAUUUCUAUCACACAAAUAUGUUGUGUGUUUUAUCAUGGGCAUGGGCUGAUGUGGGUGUGAAUGGGCUUGCAUUGACCAGGAACAACAGAAUGCUAUUCCAGUAGAUUGAGAAGUGCAUCUUAAAUAAAGAUAUUUGCUCAA